UCUCCGUAAGAAGAGUUCCGUCAGGUUCAAUGGCGGAGCUCUGAGGCUUUUAGAAGAGAAGGAAUUUAUAUCUGUUAAUAUCUCAGUCAUCAUAAUACCAAAUCAACAAACGACUGGUUAUUUUAGUAAAGAACGCAUUCAAGGACAUAGUCAACUAUGUAUGGUCAAGAUGAAGAAAUGUAUGAUGAGGGAGAUGAAGGGGACGACCUCACCCCAGAUCUGUGGCAGGAGGCCUGCUGGAUCGUCAUCAGUUCAUAUUUUGUCGAGAAGGGUCUUGUACGUCAGCAGCUUGACUCCUUCGAUGAGUUCAUCCAGAUGUCGGUGCAGAGAAUUGUAGAAGAUGCUCCACCGAUCGAUCUGCAGGCAGAGGCCCAGCAUACGUCAGGAACAUUGGAGACACCGCCAAGGUACCUACUGAAGUUCGAGCAGAUCUAUCUGUCCAAGCCCACUCACUGGGAGAAGGACGGUGCUCCUAGCCCCAUGAUGCCCAAUGAGGCACGGCUCCGAAAUCUCACGUACUCUGCUCCCCUGUACGUGGACAUCACAAAGACGGUGAUCAAGGAAGGUGAGGAGUCGGUGGAGACCCUGCAUCAGAAGACCUACAUCGGCAAGAUCCCCAUCAUGUUGAGGUCCACCUACUGCCUGCUCAACGGACUCACAGAUCGUGACUUGACAGAGCUGAACGAGUGUCCGCUGGAUCCCGGUGGCUAUUUCAUCAUCAAUGGAUCUGAGAAGGUGCUGAUUGCUCAGGAGAAGAUGGCUACCAACACAGUGUAUGUGUUUCAGCAGAAAGACUCAAAGUACGCCUUCAAGACAGAGUUGAGGUCGUGCCUGGAGCACUCGUCACGUCCCACCAGUACACUGUGGGUCAACAUGAUGGCCAGAGGGGGAUCGGGAGCUAAGAAGAGCGCCAUUGGUCAGAGAAUUGUGUCCAUUCUUCCUUACAUCAAGCAGGAGAUCCCCAUCAUCAUUGUCUUCAGAGCUCUGGGCUUCGUGUCUGACAGGGAUAUCCUUGAACACAUCAUCUACGACUUCGAUGAUCCUGAAAUGAUGGAAAUGGUAAAGCCAUCGCUGGAUGAGGCCUUUGUCAUCCAGGAACAAAAUGUGGCUCUCAACUUUAUUGGAGCCAGAGGUGCUCGACCUGGUGUCACAAAGGAUAAGAGAAUCAAGUAUGCCAGGGAAAUCUUGCAGAAGGAAAUGUUGCCUCACGUGGGCGUCAGUGAGUUCUGUGAAACCAAGAAAGCCUAUUUCCUUGGAUACAUGGUCCAUCGAUUGCUGAUGGCGGCUCUAGGAAGGCGUGAGGUAGAUGACAGAGAUCACUAUGGCAACAAGAGGCUGGAUUUGGCUGGUCCUCUCCUUGCUUUCUUGUUCAGAGGUAUGUUCCGUAACUUGAUGAAAGAGGUACGGAUGUAUGCCCAAAAGUUCAUUGAUCGGGGGAAAGAUUUCAACAUGGAGCUGGCCAUUAAGACUCGUAUCAUCACAGAUGGACUCAAGUACUCCUUGGCCACAGGCAACUGGGGGGAUCAAAAGAAGGCCUCACAGGCUAGGGCUGGAGUGUCUCAGGUGUUGAACAGACUGACUUUUGCCUCAACAUUGUCUCACCUGCGACGUCUCAACUCCCCCAUCGGCCGAGACGGUAAACUGGCCCGACCUCGACAGCUGCACAACACCCUGUGGGGUAUGAUCUGUCCGGCCGAGACACCCGAGGGUGGUGCCGUCGGCCUGGUGAAGAAUCUGGCACUGAUGGCCUACAUCUCUGUGGGGUCGCAACCAUCCCCCAUCCUGGAGUUCUUGGAGGAGUGGAGUAUGGAGAACCUGGAAGAGGUGGCGCCAUCGGCCAUACAGGAUGCAACCAAGAUCUUCGUGAAUGGGUGCUGGGUUGGCAUCCAUCGUGAUCCCGACCAGCUGAUGGCCACUCUGAGGAAGCUGAGAAGAGAGAUGGACAUCAUUGUGUCUGAGGUAUCCAUGAUUCGCGACUUCCACGACCGUGAGAUCCGUAUUUACACAGAUGCAGGACGUAUUUGUCGGCCGCUGCUGAUCGUGGAGAAUCAGAAACUGCUUCUGAAGCAGAGUCACAUCAAGCAGCUGAAACAGAGGGAGUACAACAACUACAGUUGGCAGGACUUGGUAGGCGGUGUCGUGGAGUAUAUUGACCCCGUGGAAGAGGAGACGAUCAUGUUGGCCAUGACCCCAGACGACCUCCAGGAGAAGGAUUCGGCGUAUUGUUCCACCUACACCCACUGUGAGAUCCACCCUGCCAUGGUGCUUGGGGUCUGUGCCUCCAUCAUCCCAUUCCCUGAUCACAACCAGUCUCCUCGUAACACAUACCAGUCUGCUAUGGGGAAGCAGGCUAUGGGCGUUUACAUCACCAACUACCACGUGAGAAUGGACACCCUGGCCCACGGCCUGUUCUACCCCCAGAAACCCCUCGUCACCACACGAUCCAUGGAGUAUCUCCGCUUCAGAGAACUACCAGCUGGUAUCAACUCUAUCGUGGCCAUCGCCUGCUACACAGGGUACAACCAGGAAGAUUCUGUCAUCUUGAACCAGGGAGCCAUCGACAGGGGGUUCUUCCGAUCCUUUUUCUUCCGUUCCUACAAGGAUUCUGAAUCUAAGAAGGGUCUCGAUCAAGAGGAGGUGUUUGAGAAGCCAACCAGAGACUACGUCCAAGGUAUGCGGCCAGCGACAUAUGACAAACUGGAUGAAGACGGCAUCAUCGCCCCUGGAACCCGAGUGUCUGGAGAUGAUGUGUUGAUUGGGAAGACUAUCACGCUCCCAGCUAACGACGAUGAGCUCGAGUCCACAGCCAGGAGGUUCUCCAAGAGAGAUGCCAGUGUCUUCAUGAGGAGGACUGAGACAGGCAUUGUAGAUCAGGUGAUGGUGACCAUUAACAAUGAUGGCUACAAGUUCUGCAAGAUCCGAGUCAGGACCGUGAAGACGACACAGAUCGGAGACAAGUUUGCUAGUAGGCACGGACAGAAGGGAACCUGUGGUAUAACAUACAGGCAAGAGGACAUGCCCUUCACGUGUGAGGGGAUCACCCCCGACAUCAUCAUCAACCCCCACGCCAUCCCCAGUCGUAUGACCAUUGGUCACUUGACAGAGUGCCUGCAGGGCAAGGUUGCCGCCAACAAGGGCGAGAUCGGUGACGCGACACCCUUCAACGAUGCUGUCAAUGUACAGAAGGUGUCUGAUCUGCUCAGUCAGUACGGCUAUCAUCAGAGAGGCAAUGAGGUUAUGAUGAAUGGGCACACAGGACGUAAGCUGAACGCCCAGAUCUUCUUGGGUCCCACCUACUACCAACGUCUCAAGCAUAUGGUGGACGACAAGAUCCAUUCCCGAGCCAGGGGCCCCCUACAGAUCCUCAACAGACAGCCCAUGGAGGGAAGAUCGCGUGAUGGCGGUCUGCGUUUUGGUGAGAUGGAGCGAGAUUGUCAGAUUGCCCACGGUGCCGCGCAGUUUCUUAGAGAGAGACUUGAGGCGUCAGACCCAUACCGGUGCCAUGUGUGCAAUAUCUGUGGCCUCAUCUGCAUCGCCAACCUCCGCAACCAGACGUUCGAGUGCAGGGGUUGCAAGAACAAGACACAUAUUUCCCAGGUGCGGAUUCCGUAUGCGUGCAAGCUGUUGUUCCAGGAGCUGAUGUCGAUGAGUAUCGCGCCUCGUAUGAUGGUCAUUGCCUAGUGUGUGUGUGUGUCACGGAAGGAACGAGUCAGUGAGCUCCGGAUGAGAACAGCAUGGAAUCAUUUCACAGACAAAAUUCAUUCAUUCAUUAACAGUUAAUGAUCCAAAGAUGAACGCCUCUGCCCUCAUUGAGCAGUUUUCAAUGUGGUGACUGGAAAUUCUGAUCUGAGGAUAUGUUGAUGAACAAGACAAGUGUUUCUUCUAAGAGCUAGUUGCUAUACCUACAUGUAUGGUACACUGUGGAGAUGGUAUUUGAAGUGCUGUAAUCUGUAAUUCCUGGAUUCAAUUUAGGAAAGUAUUUUCAUUUUACUCAAGAAUGUUGAGUAUUUAGCUCUACCUUGGAUUGGUGAGCAACCUGGUGAUUUAAGUGUUUGCAUGUCAAGUUAAAGGUCUGUGUUGACUUCCCCAUGGGGUAAUACAUUGAGCCAUUUUCUGGCGUCCCCAACCCUAUGGAUUUGCUAAAAGUGGAACAAAAUGCUCUUGCUCUUCCAGUUACAUACAGGUUUUCUUGAGUGAUAUUUAGAUGCUUGGAGCAUGCUGGUGCCAUUUGGUAAACUUGCAGUCAAGAGUUCUAAAAAUAUUUGUAAAUGCUUUUCAAGAAUAUGUACUCUACCCAAAAUAUGUUUAGGGUCACUAACAGUAGUAUUAUAAAACAUUGGUUCUCUACUACUUUUGUACAUAUUACUACAUGUUGGUAUUCUGUUUGAAAUUAUUUGAUUUUGGGGCGGUGGGGUAUCCUAGUGGUUAAAGUGUUAGCUUGUCACGCCGAAGACCCAGGAUCGAUUUCCCACAUGGUUCAUGGAUAUUUGAUUUUGACUGCAGGACUACAGAUGUAAUACAUGUUGCUAUAGAAGUAAUGUAUACAUGUACACAGUACAUUGUCAUCAGAUCAUGAUUUCUGUAAAUUAUUCAACACCCCUCAUCUUGUCAUUUCAUUAUGUUGAUAUUGUACAUAUUUUCAACCUGUAAUUAAAGCUUUAUAUCAAUAUGGCUGUUUAUUGAA